AUGUUCUCCUUCGUGACAACGAAUAGAUCAAAGUUGAACUUUGAGAAACGCGUCAUUGGAACAUCCUCAAAACUACAGCGUGAUGCUUACACGGGAGCGCAUGUUGACUGUACGCGCUCAUGCUGCAAUACUAAUUUACCGGUGUCGUGUGGCUGCAGUAGCCCCCCACUCGGUAGUACGCUUCGUUCCACGCACAGCAGUGGAAUGGAGGUGUUGACAGCAGAUCCUCCGCUGUUGCUUGACAGUGGUGUCUCUUCAUCACUGAGCCACCGUCGACGCCGGACUCCCUCCUUUUUCCUCUGCGGGGAGGAUGACUGCCGUGUGGAGGACGAUAGUGUCGUGGUGGAGGCAGGGGACUCCACCACCCCUGUGAAGUACUCACCCUCUCCUGAGUCGUUUCAUGUCCGCGUUGCUCCCUCGUCGUUGGUAUCGGAAGCCUUCUGGAACGCCUCAGCUGGGGGAGUGUUUACCACUACACCGAUAAAAUUGCACGAUGAUCGCCCCAAGAGGGGGUGCGAGAAGGAACUUGAUGGUGGUGGCAGCAAAUGCUGUUCGCAGUGGCGUCGUGGUAGCCUAUGUGGUGUGACGCACAGCAGUAUCACACGUUCGCAGGAUUCCGAGGAAAAGGGCCCUAUGCAUGUUAGCCUUGCACACAAGGCGCUGAUAGGCAAAGGUAGUUUUGGCGUUGUCUUUCAGGCAAUGGACCGUGACACGAAUCACAUUAUAGCCGUAAAGGAAAUUACCUUUGUAAAUGGAGCGAAAAGCAAAGCACUGGAGGCGGUGCGGAAGGAGCUUGCACUACUCAAGCUUCUUGACCAUCCACACAUUGUGAAGUGCCUGGGUGAGGAAUGCGACGAAGGCUGCCUGCGCAUCUACAUGGAGUACGUUUCCGGGGGGAGCAUCAGCAGCGUUCUCCGCAUCUUUGGUCCCUUUCAGGAGAAGCAGGCCUCCAUCUACACAAGACAGAUGCUGGAGGGGUUGUCGUAUCUGCACAGCAAGAACAUUAUGCACCGCGACCUGAAGGGAGACAAUCUUCUUGUGGAUCCAAAUGGAACACUAAAGAUAUCAGACUUCGGCACAGCGAAAGAUCUUCUCGACUCUAAUGCUCCCUCCGCACUGGCAGGAACGGCGUAUUUUAUGUCACCCGAGGUAAUUCUCUCUCAGAAUGUGGGAUUGAAGAGUGAUGUGUGGUCUGUUGGCUGCUGCGUGAUUGAGAUGUUGACGGGGACUCCUCCCUUUUCGAAGGUGAAGACUCAGUACGCCACAAUGAUGCUGGUGGCGGAGACGCAAGGGGAGUUGUUCCCCAACAUGCUUCCAAAGGGGUACCACUUUUCUAGUGCGGUGAUGGCUUUUUUGCAGAGAUGCCUGUGGCGAGAUCCCUCAGCGCGGUCGACGGCGCAGGAGUUACUGAGUGACCCAUGGAUUCUAAACCCGGUGGAGGGUUCGAGCUCCACGCACUGUAGGCACCAUUCCAGCAACGGAGCGACCAUGAUUGAUGAGAGUAGCAGUUACAGUGAUGACGCGUAA